GUCCUCUUCCUCCAAACCUUUCCGCUGCCGGUGAACUUCCUCCACCUGAAGCCCCUACCACGAUAAGCCCUAAUCCCAGCGCCACCUCGAUGGCGACCACCUCUUUCUUUCAUCCGCUCGCCGCCCCGAUGGACCGCGGUAGCGUUUGUUUUCGUCGCUGCCCGUUCAGCCUAACCAUCCCCGCCCGUACAGCGCCCCGGCGACCGGCGCCGCUUCUCGUCGUCCGCGCUAAGCGCGCCGGCAGCCAGCCCCCUGCUGCCGCCGCCUCGCGUCAGCCCGCGAAUCCCAGCGCGGUCCCGAAGCGGGACGUGGAAGAAGAGGAGGAGGAGGUCGAGGAGGAGAUGCCCUGGAUCCAGGACAAGGCGCUGGACCUCGUGGAGUUCACUGGCACCGUCACACAGGCCAUCCCAGGGCCCCGUGUUGGCUCUAGCCCUGUUCCAUGGCUUCUCGCGGUUCCCCUCGCCUACGUCGGGGUCUCCUUUGUGCUCGCGGUCGUCCGCACCGUGCGCAAGUUCACCUCGCCGCACACUAAGAAGAAGCGAAGGGUGAGUAAGAAUAUAUUCUUGUUGAAGUCACUAGAUGAUCUGUUUCAGAAGGGCAGGGAGGCAAUAAAUUAUCCUGCUCUUCAGGACCUAAUGCAAAAGACAGGAUUUGACAUGGAUGAUGUAGUAAGGAAGUACAUCCGUUACACACUGAAUGAAAAACAGUUCAGUCCUGAUGUGGUUGUGGAUCUCAUACAUCUUAGGAAGGCAUCAAUGCUGGAAGAUGCAGAAGUUGCUGAAAUUUUAAAUGAGAUUUCAAGACGAAUUGUCCGGGAAAAAGGGCCAGUAGUUAUGGACUUAUCUGGUUUUACAGAGCAAGGUUUUAAGCGGAAGCUUGCUGUACAAGCACUGUUUGGAAAAAUCCUAUACUUAUCAGAACUUCCGGAGUUCUGUUCACGGGACAGCUCACUUGUAGUCAAAGAAAUCUUUGGAGUUACAGAUGAGGAUGCAGACAGCCUGCGGAUUCACACCCUAUCAGCAACAGGUGAUAUCGAAUCUAUACAGAAGAUGGUGGACGAUCUAGACCUAGAACAAGGUCCCCCAUCAUCGUCUUGAGUUAUGGUGGUGGAAUAAUGCUAAACAUCUUCGUUGAUAGUGUUGCAAUUUUAGAUUGAUGUGAGUUUCUCGAAUCUUUUCGUUUAGUUUUUUCAGCUGCUGAAGUAGGACUUGGGCCUGUGAACACAGGAUACUUUCGGCUGGAGCCUGGAGGUUUUGUAAAUUGCCUCUCGAUUAGGAUAACGUAUGUCAGACCUGCCCAUGAUUUGAGUAAACGAGAAUACUAUUAUUAUAG